CGCAUUUCCACUCCCAUGGCUUCGUUUACUCAUCGCUUUCUUCUCUUCUUCUCUUUCCUUCUUCAUUGCUUCACAAACAUAUUUCCCGUUCUGGGAUUUCGAUCGAGUUUCGCUUUGUUUCCCGUCGCCAAAGAUGCAGCCACUCUUCAGUACGUUGCGAGAAUUUCUCACGGCACUCCAUUGCGAUCCUCCGACCUCGUGCUUGAUCUCGGCGGUUCGUUUCUUUGGAUGGAUUGCGAUUACGGACACGUGUAUUCAUCAAGCAGGUUGAUCUCGAGCUGCUCCGUCAACUGCUCCAGAGCAAAGUCUCAUGAUCUGGGAAAAAGGAGUUGCCUUUUGAACACCAACUGUUAUGUGUUCCCCAACAAUGGCGUGACGGGAUUGGCUUCAACAGGGGAACUGGUGGAGGAUACUAUAGCCGUUGAUACUGUUGACCUUUUAAAGGUAGGAACAACGACAACCGUCGAUCACUUCCUCUUUUCUUGUGCACCGACCUUUCACUUGCAAGGUUUGGCCAGUGGCGCCAAGGGGAUGUUAGGGUUAGGGAAAGCUUCCAUUUCUCUGCCGUCACAGCUGAGUUCCUCGAUCGGACACCCUCAAAAGUUCAGUCUUUGCUUAUCGUCCUCAACCGGCGUCGUAUUAACCGGCAACGGAGACGCCAUUUUCGGGACCAAAACAGCAAGGUCACUCAUUUACACACCCCUCGUUAUCAAACAAAACGACUACUUCAUCCAUGUUAAAUCCAUCAAGAUAGGUGGAAGGAGAUUGAGUUUCCAUGUAGGAGGUAAAUUAGAGGCAAAGCUAAGCACAAUCGUGCCGUAUACCAAGAUGGAAAGCUCAAUCUUUGCAAAGUUUUCCAAAGCUUAUGUGGAGGCAGCCACACGGAUGAACGUGACCAGGGUGGCAGCCGUUGCUCCGUUCGGACUCUGCUUCAGUUCGAAAGGUGUUGUUGGGAACUCAAUGCCUGGAAUCGAACUAGUUUUGCAGAGUGAGAUGGUGAAGUGGAGAAUUGAAGGGAGGAAUUUGAUGGUGAAAGUAAGGGAAGAGAGGAUGUGCGUAGGGGUAUUGGAUGGAGGAUGGGAACAGAGUAGCCCUAUUGUAAUAGGAGGGCAUCAAAUGGAAGAUAACCUUUUGGAGUUCGAUAUUGAGAGUUCAAUGUUGGGAUUUAGCUCUUCUUUGUUGUUCAAGGGAACAACUUGUUCAUCUUCCUUACCAGAUUCCAACCUCAAGCACUUCAUCUGAUUUCUGUCUUUUUUUUUUUUUUUAAGUUUUAUUUUGUGAAGGCUAGCAUGAUAGGAUCGAUGGACAAGAACAUGAAGAGAGAAUUAAAGUGUGAAUAUAUAUAUUGUUCAUUAAUAGAUCAUUGUGUAUUGGAUCAUGCUAAAAAUGCAUGUUAAUAGAAGGCUUGGUGAUGCGAAUUA